AUGGUUUUCAAAUUUUACACCAUCGACUUCACCGAGGAUGUCGAUGUUUCCACUCUGUUUGCUCCGCCUACUCCUCCUCCGUCGUCCACCAUUUGCCUUCCACUUGGCAAGAGCUUCACCCGAACCAUGGCUGUCGCAGGCAGAGCCGCUGAAGGCGUUUCUUGCGGGUUCACUGCCCCUGCCGUCGAGGUUUCUUGCUGGAGGCCAAAGACAUCAUCCGACGACUCGAAUCUCCAAUUACUUCAUCCCCAGGUACAGCUUCGAAAAUUUACAUACCAGGAGCUGAAAGUCGCGACUGGCAAUUUCAGCAAAGAGAAUGUUUUGGGAGAAGGUGGGUUUGGUACGGUCUACAGAGGAAUUUUGCUUGAUGGAUCUGCGGUGGCAAUAAAAAUAUAUUCCCGAGCAUCUGGCCAUGCUGAAGUGCAAGCUUGUGCUGAAGUGCAGGUUGGGAGUAUGGCCAGGCACCGGAAUCUGAUCCAACUGCUCGGCUUUUGCGAUUCAAUGGAACCGCAAAAACCUGUCAAGAAAAGAAAGGCAAGGUCACAACCGGUAGAGUAA